CUAUCAUUAACAGAAUUGAAGACACGCAGUUGUGGAACGAAGCGGGCGACGAGCAGGAGAUAACCUUCUACCGACGCUUCGCUAGCUAUCUGGACACACUGCUAAUUAAAACUGACCUGAAUAUGAUCGAUGGAGAAACUGGCUGCUCUAGCAGCAAAAUUGCAAUUGAAACUAACAAACAAUUGUUUCACGUCGAAGAUUCGUCAGCAACGUAUGCACGCAAAAUAGAUUUGAUACUGAGAUACAAUGAUCGCAAGAACGUAGACUUAUGUAGUAAUGAGUGGAAGAGAUCGAAGGUGACUCCAGAGUUGAAAUUAAAGCAACAGUCAAAAAAUUUGUGCAUAAAUGCUUCUAUCAUGAACAGCUUGCAUGCAUUUGGUACCUCUCCCUCAUCUCUUUUAGCAAUUGAUAUGAUAGGUGAUGAUAUUGUGAUUAACCGUAGCGGGAAAUUAUUGACAAAAUCAUAUUCUAUAGGUUUGCAUGGCUACAUCUACCUGUUGACAAAAGUGGAUGACUACUUCGUUGCAGCCCCCCACUCAAUCCUUGUAAUACCAAGACGUUUUUCAGACAUUGCUUGUAUUGAAAACACUCUCCUAGCUCUUUUCAGAUUCAAACAUUUUUACACAUCAUUGAUUCCUGCACUAAGAAAGAGAAUUGCUGCAAAUGAGCGCCUCCAGUGAUAUUGGAAGCGUUUGCGAGAUGGAUGCCGCUUUCUCUGAUAGUACUCAUGUCAGUCAAAAAUUUAUAUUUUUUAAGUCUAAAAAAAGAAAGCAUGGUGCCUCCGAGUCUGAAGAGGACAACUAUAAAAACUCCCUCACAUGAAUAUUUCUUGUAUUACAUUAUUUCAUUUUAUUUUCAUCAAUAAAUUAGUACCGUAGUAUACCCUUUUCAGUUAAUAAUUAUCAUAGAGAUU